CUAUUAAUUAAUAAUGUUUUUGUGAAACGAGAACAAACUUUUAUCUUUUGGGUCAAAAGUAAAUUUUAAAAAUGAAUUAGACUCAGUGCACCUGUUAAAUCUUAAAGUUUUCAAGUUAUAAUAUAAAAAUUUGGGAUUUAUUAAAAAAUUUGGGAAAAUUAUGUGACAAAAUAUUUGGUAUUGAAAGAAACAAUAGAAAAGAAAAUUUUUAUAACUCUCAACUGCAGAGGGUGGGAGUAGAAAACUAAGUGAAAUAGCUACUACAACAAAAGGAAGCAAAAAACCGUAAAGCGAUAGCAGCAAUAGCAGAGCAGCAGCGUAUAGGGAAAUACUCUACUCAUGUAUUUGUAACAUUUCUAUGUACACUUCGAGAGAAACAAAAAAAGUUGAAUAGUCGAAAGAAAAGAGCUGCUGUGAUAAAGAAUACACACAGAAAGUAGAGAAAUACACAGGACGAAACAUAACAAGGAUUCAGAAGCAAUUAUAUGCAUAAUUACGAGUAGCCUUUCAUAUAUAUACAUAUAAUUAUUUAUAUAUACAUACAUAUAUAAAUAUAAGUAUAUAUUUGCAUUUGUAUAUUAUAUCCAGAAACAAAAAUUAUUUCAAAGUGACAACGAUAAACAUUACUAUUGCGACAGUGGUGUUACUAAUACUCAUUCACAUAAGCCGGCCUACUCUAAUAAAAUAAAAAGUUAAUACGCCCCUGAUAAAAAAUACGCUAAAAUUACAUACUCAUAUCAAGAGCCUUAUCAGCAAAGAGUCACAGUACGCUUAAUUACCCAGAAAAUAAAUAAAUUACAAAAGUGCUACACAAUUUCCGACAGGCGUCUUAGGCGGAAAUUGUAUAUUGAACAAUGAGCAUUUCACCAGAAGUUUGGGUUGUGACCCCACAUGAAAAAGCAAAAUUUCAAGAACAUUUCAAGGCACUACAGCCACAAAAUGGUUUCGUUACCGGAGCUCAGGCUAAAGGUUUCUUCUUGCAGUCUCAAUUGGAGCCACUAGUUUUGGGAAAAAUAUGGUCCUUGGCAGACACUGAUUCUGACGGUAAAAUGAAUAUCAACGAGUUUAGUAUAGCUUGCAAACUUAUCAGUUUAAAACUGCGUGGCGUAGAAUUACCAACACAAUUACCACAUAAGCUGUUAACGUCUGUAGCUCAAUUAGAAAUGACACCGUCUAUAACACCAACAGGUAGUAUGAGCCCAUUAGAUCCAGUUAAAACAGCGGGCGGUAUGAAGCCUAUCAUUCCUGGCGUACCAAAUAUGCCUGUUGCUAUGACUAACAUUAGCAAUAUACCGGGAAGUUUGCCAGGAACUGUACCAACGAUGGUUCCAACUGUUCCUAAUAUAGGUACAUCACCUAUUGCUAUAGUACCGACGAUGCCAUUACAGCAAAUGCCUAUUGCAGGUGCAAAUAUUGUACCAACUGCAGCACCACAGGCUGUACAGGCAAGUGCUGCUACUAUACCAGGUGUAAUGCCAAAUAUAUUGCCAACAGUGGGUACUAUUCCGACUGCAGUCAUUCCUAGCACUGUACCGAUGGCUGGAGCUGUUCCACCAACGAAAAUUAUUUCACCCCCAAGUGGAGAUGUUAAGGUACCAGCUACACCUACUCCACCACAUAGCAAUCCACCUAGUCGUAAUAUGUCCAUUUCAGAGCGAGCUCCAUCCAUCGAAUCUCCACAAGGCGAGUGGGCAGUUAAGGCCGCAGCGAAGCGUAAAUAUACACAAGUUUUCAACGCAAACGAUCGCAAUCGCACCGGUUUUCUUACUGGUGCACAAGCACGUAAUGUUCUUAUACAAAGUAAAUUACCUCAAGUUACGCUUGCCCAAAUCUGGACACUCUCAGACUUAGAUGGUGACGGUCGCUUAAGUUGUGACGAAUUUAUAUUAGCUAUGUUCCUUUGCGAUAAAGCUAUGUCAGGUGAAAAAAUUCCUUCUACUUUGCCAGCUGAUUGGAUACCACCUACCUAUCGGAAGAGUAAAUCGCGUCAAGGUUCAGUUUCUGGACCUGGUUCACGUACCGGCUCUACGCCAUCUUCUCGACAUGCGUCUGUUUCAUCACAAGGUACUGUUGAUGCAGAUCCCUCAGCUGGAUUACCUCAAACUACAUUUGAGGACAAGCGCAAAGAGAAUUUCGACAAAGGACAGGCAGAGUUGGAUCGCCGUCGCAAAUUACUACAGGAUCAGCAAAGAAAAGAAAAAGAGGAGCGAGAAAGAAAAGAACGCGAAGAAGCUGAGAAACGAGAAAAAGCGCGCUUAGAAGCAGAACGCAAGCAGCAAGAAGAAUUAGAGCGUCAAUUGCAAAAGCAGCGUGAACUUGAAAUGGAAAAAGAAGAGCAACGAAAGCGUGAAUUAGAGGCUAAAGAAGCAGCAAGAAAGGAACUCGAAAAACAACGUCAGCUGGAAUGGGAACAAGCUCGUAUUGCUGAAAUGAAUAGUCAGAAGCAGCGUGAACAGGAACGUGUGCUGAAACACAAGGCACACAAUACACAGUUGAACGUCGAAUUAAGCACAUUAAAUGAAAAAAUAAAGGAAUUGUCACAAAAAAUUUGCGAUACACGCGCUUCUGUUACUAACGUUAAAUCAAUAAUCGAUGGCAUGCGUUCGCAACGUGAUACUUCCAUGUCAGAGAUGGCACAAUUCAAAGCACGUAUCAAGGAGCAAAAUGCAAAAUUAUUGCAAUUAACACAAGAGCGUGCCAAGUGGGAUGCGAAAGUCAAAGCAGCAGGUGUUCCAGGUGAUGUAGCACAACAGGAACAAAUGAAUGCAGCUUUUGCUAAUAAACAAUUGAUUAUUAAACAACUGAAGGACAAAGUUGAGAAUAUACAAAAAGAUAUAGAAGCCAAAAAGGAGGACAUCAAUUCAAACGAUGUACAAGUCGCUGAAGUGAAGGGUGAACUUUCUGCACUUAUAAACAAGUGCGAGGAACUAUACGCAGAUUAUGAUAAACAACGCACUCAAGUGCUGGAACUGAAAUAUAAUAAGAGAAAUGACAACGUAACAACUGCUACAGGCUGGGAAACAUCGGCAACUUGGGGUGCAGAUUCUUAUAAUACUGUUGUGGAAAAUGCGGUUCCAGCAGUUGAAGGUUAUACCAAAUAUCGUGCUGUAUAUGAGUUUAGUGCUCGUAACGAAGACGAAAUAACUUUUGCACCAGGGGAUAUAAUACUUGUACCUAUUAAUCAAACCACCGAUCCUGGCUGGUUAUCCGGAGAAAUAAAUGGGCACACAGGUCUCUUUCCAGAAACGUAUGUAGAAAAAAUUGAGGACGAUUAUGUUACUGCAGCAGUAGUGAACCCUAUAGCAGCUACGACUGAUACACAAGUGAUUCCCGGUUAUGCAGCACAAGAUACCUUCAAUGACAACAGUCAAAUCAAUGGAGAUGUUGAAUAUUAUAUAGCAGCAUAUCCGUACGAAUCAGCUGAAUUAGGUGACUUGACUUUUGGUGCAGGAGAAAUGGUGAUGGUAACCAAAAAAGAAGGUGAUUGGUGGACUGGAACAGUAGGCAAUCGUACUGGCAUAUUUCCAUGGAAUUACGUACAAAAGGCGGAUGUAGGUACGACGGGUACUGCAGCCGUUACAGAUACACCCAUUGAUUCAACGGCACCGUAUCAAGAACAAACAGACAACAAUGUUAAUGGAAAUGCUUCUACUUAUGAAACAGUAAAAACUGCACCACUCCAAGAGCAACAACUCAACAAAGACAACACCUGUACAACACAAAAAGAACCAAUUGCUCCCCUCACAACUUCUAACAGCACUACCAACGUUGAAGAAACACACACAAAUGAAGAACUUGAUACGGAAGUUUCACAGAUUAACACUCAAUCUAAGAGUCAGAACGAACCAGCGGAAUCUUAUAGUCGACCUAUGUCGCGUACCUCUUCCAUGACGCCUGGUAUGCGUGCCAAACGGUCGGAAAUUGCACAAGUAAUCGCACCUUAUGAAGCAACAAGUGCGGAACAGUUGUCUCUUACACGUGGUCAACUAAUUAUGAUACGAAAGAAAACCGAUUCAGGAUGGUGGGAAGGAGAAUUGCAAGCUAAAGGUAGACGUCGGCAAAUCGGCUGGUUCCCGGCAUCUUAUGUCAAAGUAUUGCAAGGGGGUCGUAACAGCGGACGAAAUACCCCAGUUUCUGGCAGUCGCAUUGAAAUGACAGAACAAAUCUUAGAUAAAGUCAUUGCUCUGUAUCAGUACAAAGCACAGAAUGACGAUGAACUGUCUUUCGAAAAGGAUGACAUAAUAAGUGUGCUUGGGCGUGAUGAACCAGAAUGGUGGCGUGGAGAGUUAAAUGGCAUAUCAGGUUUAUUUCCUAGCAACUAUGUUGGACCAUUUGUUACAUCCGGUAAUGUAUAACGAGUUAUUGGUGUGGGUUUGUAAAUUGUUUCUUGAAUAUUAAAAGCUACGUCUGCGUGUAAUAGAAAUGUUAGAAGGAUAUAGAAAACUGACUAAAUACGAAAAAUUGGUAAAAAACACACAAACAAAAUUAAUUUGAAAGUGAAGUUUAAAAAUUCCAAAAGAAAAAAAUAUUAUGGAAGAAAAUACCUAAAAAGCCUACCAAAAAGAAAUUUUGA